CCCUGUUAUCACCUCGUGGUUCUCGUUGUAACUGAUGAUUCAAUGAGUUAAUUUUCAUUGAGCCUGUCUAAGCCUGAUUUAUUUCACGGAGAAGGGAAUUUCUUGUGUUUGUUUGGUUCUUUAGCCCUUAUUCGAAUUUCUAAUAUUUCAGCUGUUUAUGCCUGAUAGCUUAAGUCAUCUGUCGCAUGUAUUCGGGAAAUGGAAAGCGCGGGAUUUUUCGAGGGACCCGAAAAGCUCAUGGAAGUGUGGUGGACACCGAUUUUGGGAGCUGACAGUGGUCGCGAGCUCGAGUUAUCAGGGGAUUUGAGGACAAUUCCGAGGGAGAAGUGGUCAGAGCUUUUGAUGCUGGUGAACUGUACAAUUAUCAGUGAAAAGAGGAAUGAUGAUAUGAUUGCAUUCCUUCUGAGUGAGAGCAGCAUGUUUGUGUCCCGAGAACGUCUUAUCCUGAAGACUUGCGGCCAAACAACACUCUUACAUUGCAUCAAGCCACUGUUGGAGUUGGCUAAAGUGGAGUGUGGAUUGACAGAGGUGCAGGAUUUCUUCUACUCACGUAUGAAUUACCAAGAGCCCAGCCUUCAACCCGUGCCUCAUCAAACAUUCCAACAAGAGGUUAAGUGGCUGGAUCAGUUAUUUUCAGAUGGAGCAUGUUAUGCUCUUGGAAGAUUGAAUGGUUCUGACACCUGGUAUCUGUAUACCCUUCACAACAUUCUGCCAGGAGUUACUCAGCCAGACCAGACAUUGGAGAUUUUGAUGCUCGAUCUUGAUAGAGAAGUCAUGAACAAGUUCUACAAGACAACAUCUUCUGAUGCAGAUGAAGUGACUCAAGUUACAGGUAUUAGUGGCUUUCUUCCUGGUGCAGUGAUUGAUGCUGCUUUGUUUGAUCCCUGUGGCUAUUCAGCUAAUGGCCUUCUUGAUAUGUUGGCAUUAAAGAACAACAAUGUUGCUGCUCCAGAGUGGUUCCCUGACUCAAAACACCUCCGGGACAGUUACUUCAGUAUUCACAUAACACCUCAGGAAGAAUGCUCAUAUGUCAGUUUUGAAACAAAUGUUAAAGUGACCUGUUAUAAAGAACUGAUUAGCAAGGUCCUUGAUGCUUUCAAGCCAGGAAGAUUCUUCAUGACUUUGUUUGCUAAUGAGGGUGCACCAUGUGGUUUUUCUUACAAGACCUUCCAAGAAGGGUCCAUUCCUGGCUACAAACGGAAUGAUCUUCAGUUGUCACAGAUGAAGAUGUACAACCUAACAUAUGGCCAUUAUGAAAAAAUUAAAGAGAGCAAGAUUAGCUAGCAACCUAGAGCUGAGGUGUUAAAAGUCAAAUGAUUUUCCGGCAUGUGUGUUAUUUAUAGUGUUAAUAAUGGUGUUUAGUUCAAUACGCCUUUAUCAUUGGUAUCACAGUUGGUGUAUAACAAGAUUGUAUUUAAUGCAGUAAGGGACUUAGUUUUUCGCUUUUCAAAAUUUUUAUAAUACUUUUAAAAUUGCAAAAUACAUAUUAAAUUUGUGAAAAUUUCACCCAAUCUGGUUGUCUUCAGAAACUGUUUUUUUGUGACUGUAAUUUUGACAAUCUGAGUAGUAGUCAGUGAAAAACAGACUAUUGCUGGAUGAAUACCAGAGAUAUUUAUUUAGUCUAUAAAAUACUACAAAGUUGUGCUAAGGUUCAAUCCAUCUGUAGUCACAUUUGGUCUGUUUCUACUCUAGAUCAAAGAUGAGUCCAUAGUUUGUCUAUUUUGUUGACUGAGGUCAUUAUGGAUACCGUACCCAAUUUCUAAUGUGUGGCAAUUUGUUUGCCCUUGUCAGUUUAGGAAUGUCUGUUCUUAUUUCCAAAAGUAUAAGUCGCACCUAGCAAUGCGGUCAAUACAAUAAGCAGUUAGUUCAAGUCAAUUUGUGUCAGCAGUGUUCAGUAAUGCAAUUGCUGAUAUCACCUGUAGCUCAUACUGUUCAGUACAUCUCUAACUACUUGUCACUGUAAGUUACUCUCAUUUAGACACAGCUUGCACUUUUUGAUACAUACAUGUAGUCAAGCAUAAUAGCUACAAUAACGUUUACAUUCAUAUUACUGAAUAACAACUGCAUGGAGAAAGAAGCAGUAAUGUAAACAGAGAUAGUUAAUGGAGCUUGCAAGCUUUGUUUUUCCCCUAUUAAUUUAAUCUUUCAAUAUUUAAGAGGUCUAUACUAGUUUUACUACUGUAUGUGUGCAUUCAUCCUAAGUAUGAGCUAACUUCACUGAUCAUCCUAGCUGUAUAAAAUAAAAUCACAUCAGUGAGCAAUAAAGAUUAUCAUCAAUAUCA